GCAUCGUGACACGCGCAACGAUUCCCCCCCAACAUGCGGGUAACUGAGAGCGGAGCUUCAUCAACAAGACUUGCACUGCGAUUUUUCCCUCUACACCAUUAGCAUGUCGGAGCGAGGAGGAGUUCAGCGGCCGGGAGUCGCGUCUCCACACCUGCAGCCCUUCAAAACGGCCAGCAUUUCAUCAAACCGCCCGGUUCAGAUGAACCUGUUUGCGACUUGGGAAAUCGACCGCUCCUCUCCGAGCUGCGUGCCAAGACUCCUCAGUUUGACUCUUAAGAAACUGGUGAUGUUAAAGGACCUUGACCGAGACCUCACAUCCGUGGUCAUUGCAGUCAAGCUUCAGGGAUCAAAGCGGAUUCUGCGCUCGAAUGAAAUCCUCCUGCCAUCUCCUGGGCUCACAGAGACAGAUUUACAGCUCACUUUCUCCCUUCAGUAUCCACACUUUUUGAAGAGAGAUGCCAACAGGCUGCAGAUCAUGCUCCAGCGAAGGAAAAGGUACAAGAAUCGUACAAUCCUGGGGUACAAGACUCUCGCAUUGGGUCUGAUUAAUAUGGCAGAGGUGAUGCAACACCCUACUGAAGGUGCUCAGGUGUUGCGUCUGCAUACCAAAAUAAAGGACAUGGCUGUGCCCGUGGCUGAGAUCAGUGUCUACUCAAUGUCUAGUCAACCUAUAGACCCAGAGGGACCAAAGGCCAAGCUGUCUGAUCGAUCCCCUGAUAUUGAUAACUACUCUGAAGAGGAGGAAGAGAGCUACUCAUCUGAACAGGAUGGCAGUGAUGACCCAUUACAUGGACAGUACCUGUAUGAUGAUGAGGAUGAAGUAAGGAAGAAGAAGCCUCGCCGUAAACUUACCUCUGCUGCUUCCAUUACAAGAGCUAAUCAGCCUAACAUCAAGCAGAAAUUUGUGGCUCUGCUGAAAAGGUUCAAAGUUUCUGAUGAGGUGGGAUUCGGCCUGGACCAUGUGUCUCAGGAGCAGAUUCGGGAUGUAGAGGAAGAUCUGGAUGAGCUGUACAACAGUCUGGAGAUGUACAACCCCAGUGACAGUGGACCAGACAUGGAGGAGACCGACAGUGUCCUCAGCAUGCCCAAGCCCAAACUCCCGCCAUUCUUUGAAGCUAUUUCUCAGUCCAGCUCUCACAAUGAGUUUGGCAGUCUGAACAGCAGAUGUUCUCUUGGCAGAGACACACUGAAUCCUCAGCAGGGGGAACAGACUACAUCAAGUAAAAUUCAGCGCUCCAGUAGUGCACACCUGGAUGACGCCUUCUCCGAGACAGACCCAGUGGAGCUGAAUGAGGUGGAGGUUUUGAGCGAUGGAACUCCCAGCAUCACUGUUUCUGUGGCAGAGAGACCACGAACCCCACAGAGGAGCAGCAGCCAGACCAUGCCCUCUCCAAGGCUGGAUGGUGGUCACACUCCGAAGCAUAAGCGAGGGACUCCCAUGAAAGAGAGACAGCUGUCUAAACCUCUCAGCGAGCGGACAAACAGCUCGGACAGUGAGCGCUCACCUGAGCUCAGCCUCACUCCACAGAUGCCCAGGAAGAUAGUGUAUGACCAGCUGAACCAGAUCUUGGUGUCUGACACGACCUUGCCUGACAGCCUCAUCCUCAUUAACAGCAGUGACUGGCAAGGACAGUAUGUAGCAGACUCCCUGCAGGCACAGAAGCAUCCAGUGGUGUGUACGUGCUCAGUGUCUGAGAUUCAGGCUGCGCUCUCAGCUCUGCUCACUCGGAUUCAGAAGUUCUGUAAUUGUAACUCUGUCACACCAAAACCUGUGAAAGUGGUGGCUGUGGGAGGACACAACUAUCUGGGAGCCAUCUUGCGCUUCUUUGUGUCUCAGCUAGCCAACAAGACGUCUGAUUGGCUUGGGCACUUAAGGUUUCUUGUGGUUCCACUAGGUUCUCACCCUGUGGCUAAGUACCUUGGCUCCUUAGACAACCGCUACCGUACAGCUUUCCUUGACGGUGCAUGGCGGGAGUUCUUCAGUCGGACAGAUCCUCCUCAACCUGGUUUAUCAUCUGCAGAGGGUGUGGACGUGGCCGGAUGUAUCGGUCAGUAUAUUGAUGGAGCCACAGUCACUCACCAGCUGCCUAUCGCUGAGGCUAUGCUAACCUGCAAGCACAAAAUGCAAGAGGAUGAUUCCUGUCAAAAUUUUGUCCCCUUUGUGGGUGUGGUUAAAGUCGGUUUGAUUGAGCCCAUGUCCGGAUUUGCAGGUGGAGACUAUGAAGAGGGCGUGGCUUUGAGUCUGAUCGUUCCUUCGACCUCUCCUCCUGCUCAUGCAAUGUCCACUGGGAUGCUAAAAGAAUCUGUCACCCCUCCCCCUUCACCAUCUCUCAGUGGUGUUCAUGGGAGUCCCAUUAUGUCUCAUGGAACGGACGCCAUCGGGCUACAGGUGGAUUACUGGGUGGCUGAAAAGCGUAAAGAUGGUGAGAGGAGGGACACCAAGAACACCCUCAAGAGCGCUUUCAGAUCCUUGCAGGUCAGCCGACUGCCCAACUCCUCCACUGGCGAGCUCCAGUCCAGCUCCUGCACCAUGGCCAUGACUGUCGUUACCAAGGAGAAGAACAAGAAAGUCCCAACUAUUUUUCUGGGGAAGAAACCAAAGGAGAGAGAUACGGAGUCCAAGAGCCAGGUGAUCGAAGGGAUCACCAGACUCAUCUGUUCUGCUAAACAUCAACAAACAAGUCUUCGAGUAUCUGUUGAUGGGAUGGAGUGGAAUGAUGUCAAGUUUUUCCAGCUGGCAUCCCAGUGGCCCACUCACGUGAAAUAUCUGCCAGUUGGUUUGUUCAACUACAGUAAAAUUGCCUCCUAGUGGCAUUUCACCUGAACCAAACCACAGGAGCUGCCGUUUCCAAACGAUCUUCCAGACAAUAUCCAGAGACGAUUGUUUCUUCUUUUUUUUUUUUGGACGUUGGCGUAUGUACGUAGGUAGACAACCAUCUGACAACCAUCUUUGUUUAGGAAAAGCAAU